ACCACAUCCUCUUUAAAACGCCUGCCUCCUGUUCACAACACCUCACCCGCUCUAGCCCACCCCCACACUCCCACACUCCCACACAGUCUACCAAAAUGGGCUUCUCCGACUUGGUUUCCGAUGCGGGCCUCACCAUUCUGAACAACUGGGUGAAGACCCGCAGCUACAUCGUUGGCUACUCCCCCUCACAGGCCGAUGUGAAGGUUUUCCAGCAGCUCAAGACUCCUCCCGCUCCCGAGACGUACCCAUUCGCCUGGCGCUGGUACAACCAUAUCCUCACCUUCGAGUCCGAGUUCUCUACCCUGCCUGGCGACCCGACCAAGGAUCACACCGCAUAUGGCCCUGAGUCUGCUGAACUUACCGUCAACCCGGCCAAGGCUCCCGCCGCUGAGGAGGAAGAUGACGACGACGUCGAUCUUUUCGGUAGCGAUGACGAGGUGGAUGAGGAGGCCGAGAAACUCAAGGCAGAACGGUUAGCCGAGUACAAUAAGAAGAAGGCCGGAAAGGUAAAGCCUGCUGCCAAGUCCAUCGUCACAAUGGAUGUCAAGCCCUGGGAUGAUGAGACAGACAUGAAGGAGCUUGAGUCGAGUGUGCGCAGCAUUGAGAAGGAUGGUUUGGUUUGGGGAGCGUCCAAGUUGGUCGCUGUUGGUUUCGGUAUCAAGAAGCUUCAGAUCAACUUGGUUGUAGAGGACGACAAGAUCUCUCUUGAUGAUUUGCAGGCGGAUAUCGAAGGGUUCGAGGACUACGUCCAGUCCACCGAUAUCGCUGCUAUGCAAAAGUUGUAGGCCAAGAGCCUAUGUAAUCCCUUCUCUCCUCCACUUUGGUGCAUGCAUUCCCCGACGGCAGGUCCAGCUUCGUCACGAAUUCUCACGGUUUUGGGCAUGGGAUAUGGAUGUGACGUCUCAUGAGCUACUGCAAUCGUAUAGAUGAAAAUAAAUGACCUGGCAAAAGCACCAUACCUUUGAUUCUUGCUCCACCCCUGAAUCUCUGAGUUGGAAAUUGUGGUCUGCCAAUUUCCCCUCUAGAUACUUCUGAUUCGUUGGCGCUAGGCGAUGGCUUCUGCUUGGUGCUAAGUCAAAAGAUUCGGCCGUAACGAUUCGGACCCAUUUAGGAAGCAUUCGGGGCUAUGGUCCUCAUAUAUAGCGUGCUGUAUCUUGCUCACGUUCUCCUAAUUGUAGCAAGUAACCAGAUAUAUCGAAUUUGUCUGGGC